AUGUCCAACAAUUUGGUGUUGUCCGACCCCACCUGGGACUACGAUAUUCUCCAAGCCACUGUGGAGGAUGAGGACAAGCUAUUGGAUUUCUUGAUGAGCGAUUUUUUAUGCACCGAGUCGCUGAAUCUUGCGCUGAAUAUGGCGGAAGAACGGGAAAUUACCGAGAGGUUUUUCCGCGGUAAGUCAAAUGAAAUUAUCAAAAAUUUCAAGGCAAAAUAAAGCCUUCUAAACAAUGCUAGUUUCAGAAAAAAUAUCAUUGAUUAUUCAGAAGCAGAUGACCAAUUUUAUUUCAGAAAUUGUUCAAGGUUCUCUGACCUCCGACUACAGUUAUUACGCGCGCUCCAAGGCCGAUGGGCGAGUGAUUGCGGCGCGUUUGAGCAGUGUGAUAACGCGUCCCGAGAGCUCCAGUGAGAAGGAAAAUGUGGACGAAAACUUCACCUUCAACACUCACAAAUACAGCGCGAAAAUCCAGAAGAUUCAGGACUUUCUGGGGGCUUUCGAAGAGAAAGUAGGUCGAGCAAAAAUCGCAAAAACAAAUUAUAAAAUUCUAGAUGUGGGAUUUGGUGCCCAAGGACGUAAACAAGCUGCUGAUUUGGCUCGUUCUGUCCGUGGACAAGGACUUUACUCGGCGUGGGAUUGCCAGUAAACUAUUGGGGAUUGAUUCGGUGGAAAAAUUAAAAACCGACGGCAUUCAAGGCUUUAUAACCGAGGCUACAGCGUUCAAAUCCCAACAGGUAAGAGCUGACAGUAGUUACACCAGAUUGAAGGUUAAAUCAAGCCUCAAACUCUUUGGUUUUUCUGCAAAAAUUUUUUAAAAUUUAUCAAAAAAUGGCGAAAAAGUGGGAUUUUUGGAAAUUUUCGAGAAAAAAAUUUAUGAAAACUGCAAAAAAUCAAGUUGAAAUUUUCUCUAGCUAUCAUUAUAAGUGUUUUCACACCUCCUAUUCCCCAUUUUAAACCAUAAAUUAACAAAAAACCUUGGAAAUUUACAAAAAUUCCAAAAAGAAAAAAAAAAAUAAAAAAUUUUGUGAAAAAUUUAUAAAAAUGUGCCACAAUCGCCUCGACUACCCCAUACUUCUUCAAUUUACCCCUUGACCCCUCUAAAAAUUCAAUUUUCAGCUAUUCGAACGGCAAGGAUACGAUCGCUUAUACGUUAUAAAACAUGCCGAAUGGCUGGACAAAGAUGGAAAUAUGGUGUUCAAUUGUCCCGACGGUACUAAUAAGGCUACUUUAGAGUUCAAACUGCUUUAA